CCCUGGGAGGGGCACGCCUGCUUGUGGGUGGGGAGUGUGUGCACCAGGGGGUGGGUCCUUGGUGGCGGUGGGGUGGAGAGCCGCCUGCGCAUGUCAAGGCUGACUGAGCACACAUUGUAAGGGGGACCUGAAGGGGAGCAGUUGGUCACCCGCCACCCAGGGUCGGGCCCCGGCACGAUCCAGGGGAGCGCUCCUGGGAAGAGGCCACCCUCCAUUCCCCUCCACCCCAUCACUGAGAUCGCCGGUCAAACAGGAGCUUCCGCCUCCUUCCCGGCCCUUCCAAGCUUCCCCGGGGAGCCGAGGGCGGGUGUGGACGGCACCGACGUGGAACGAAUUUUGUAGCUCAGACGGCUCCGGUGGCUUCGGUGUUCGGGCACGUCCAGCUAGAGAAGCCGGCCGGGGCGGAUGAAACCGGAGCUUCCGAGUCUUGGUGGAUCCUGGCCGGAGCUUAGCUGUUCCUAAGGGAGUGAGAGGUGGAUCAACAUGGACCCCUCCGACAGCCCAGCUGCCUAAAACCAGCCACGCUUCUCACUUCUGAGCUGUUUUUCACUGAGGUGCAAACCAGGAAAGCAGCAGAGCCACUGGAAUUUGAAGUUCCGGGGUGGGCGGGGAAGGUACUGUCCGUGGUGCUGAGCCGGAUCCCAGCAACGAGCUCUUGGGAGAGCGUGCAGGGCUGCUGAUCCGCUGCCUCGAAUUGAGGCGGUCUUCUAAGGGUAGCUCCGAGCGGAAACCCAAGCCCCGCUCAAAAAUCCCACAGAGCCUCCGGUCACCGGAGUUUGGCCCUUCUAUCAGUCAGAAAAUCGCCCCCUUGAGGCAGUUUGUCCCAAAGGGUUUCCUCGAAAGUAUCUGAAAGGGCGCAGUUCUUGACCAAGGGAGUCUCCUGUUUAACCCCGGAAGCUGCCCUGCCGAAGAAGAUGCCCGCCUUCAACAGAUUGUUUCCCCUGGCUUCCCUGGUGCUCAUUUCCUGGGUCAGUGUCUGCUUCCCUGUGUGUGUGGAAGUGCCCUCGGAGACAGAGGCUGUUCAGGGCAACCCUAUGAAGCUACGCUGCAUCUCCUGCAUGAAGAGGGAGGAGGUGGAGGCCUCCACGGUGGUGGAAUGGUUCUACAGGCCCGAGGGCGGUAAAGAUUUCCUUCUAUGUUCCUUUUCUCUGUCCUUUCCCUAUCUCGGCUCUCCUACCCUAUCUUCUCUGUGGCCCUACCCUCUGCUUCUCUACCUGCAGAUCUAUGAGUAUCGGAAUGGUCACCAGGAGGUGGAGAGCCCCUUCCAGGGCCGCCUGCAGUGGAAUGGAAGCAAGGACUUGCAGGAUGUGUCCAUCACUGUGCUCAAUGUCACCCUGAAUGAUUCCGGCCUCUAUACCUGCAACGUGUCCCGGGAGUUUGAAUUUGAGGCACAUCGCCCCUUUGUGAAGACCACACGGCUAAUCCCCCUUCGAGUCACCGAGGAGGCCGGAGAGGACUUCACCUCUGUGGUCUCAGAAAUCAUGAUGUACAUCCUCCUGGUCUUCCUCACCUUGUGGCUGCUCAUUGAGAUGAUAUAUUGCUACAGGAAGGUCUCAAAGGCCGAAGAGGCAGCCCAAGAAAAUGCGUCUGACUACCUUGCCAUCCCGUCAGAGAACAAAGAGAACUCCGUGGUGCCAGUAGAGGAAUAGAAGGGGUGUGACUUGAGGUGGCCUGAACACUGACGGACUGGAUAUCCCAGGUUCAGUGAUGUCUACAGCAUCAGGAGGGUGCCCCAGAGGCCACAUCGCUUCACUUCAUGCAUCCAUCCUUCAAUUUAUCAUACAUCCACUGACCUGACUUCUUAACUCCAUCAGGCCUCUCUAUAUACCAUAAGACUUUGCCAGAACUGAGGCGCCAACAUUUCUAGACUCAAUCUCACCGUGUCCUAGCUUUCAUCUCCCAUGCCAACUGGACUUCUCCACUGUGUUCCAAAUGACUUUGAACAAGUGCUGGAGGUGGGCAUAUCCCUCUGCCCCUUACUGGCUGGAACUGGCUCAUUCUCCAUUACUGCAAGUGAAUGGAUGUCUUAAUGGAAGGAAGUAGGAGUGAGUAAUGUGGGUUAAAGCAAGUUUCAUGAAGUGGGAUUUUAUGAAGUCAGUUUUCCUAAGUUCUUGGCCCACUUGACUACAGCAUUGGAACAACACAUGCUUUUCUAAGUUCUCCAGUAGUAAAAAGUUCAUUGAGCAUGGACUAAAAUGUUCUCUGGAGCUUGGUACUCCAGGGCUAGAUCCUGUUAGGAUUCCAAAGCCUGGGUUAGUCUCAGUCUUUCAAGAAGCCAAGCACAGCAGACUUGGGAAGGACUGAGUAAUUUAACUGGCUCUUAAAAGUCAUACACGUUCAUGAUCCUACUGGGGUAAGGUAUGUGUGCUCCCGUCACCCCAUUCCCCUCCCCCAAGCGAACACACCACCUAAGAUAGCUGGGAAGCAUUAUUUUCCUGCAGGCACUGGAACUGAAAUUCCUAAGUUCUUCCUCUCAAAAUUUUUGUGGAUCAGUAUUAUUACUCAUGUUACAGGAGGCAACUGAGACUCAGACAGGGCUCAACUGACUUCAGAGGAUAAACUAGAGCAGAUAUAAGCCUUAGGUGCUGCCCAGGUUAAACUUCCCAGGAUGGGUAAUUUUGUUUUAGAAAACCUGACAUUGAGAUUGGCUAUGGCCAUGUCCCUUUCACAAGCACAGAUUGGGGUGGAUUGCCUGGCUGAGGUUAACUCUGAUUUUGGUAAAGAGAAAUUGGCUGGAAAGGCAGAGAAAAACAUGAAGUCAACUUGAAGAAUUUCCUUAAUGAAAGGAUUUGUGAAUCUGAACCAUCCUCCAGAAGAAUGCACCUAGGAAUGAAAUUUAAGCAACACGCUCAUUACUCUGAGAUGGAUGAUGAGCAAAUGUGUGAAGUGAUAGGAGAGGGAUGGGCUAGGUGGCUUCCAAAUAUGUCACCUGUGAAUCCACAAUGUCUGGAGUUUUCUUCUAGAUUUUUGGAGAGCCAAUGAACACUGGAAAAAUUUUAGUCAAAAUCUUGUUUCAUUUUAAUUGAGUGAUUGGUCCAAGUCUGAUGUCCUUCAGCACCUAGUGAUGAGAAGGGGGAAAGAUACUUUACAGAUUUUGAGAUGAAAAUGACUGAGAUUUGAUGAAUGAGAUGUCCCUCAGACCUUGGGGAAUUUAUGGGGAAAGAUCAUACUCAUUGGCUUUGGGCCUUACAUGAAAAACUCAUGUUUUCAUUUCUCCUAUCCUUGGUUAAGUACUCGAAACAAGUCCUUGUUCACAUAUUCGAGAGUCUGAUUUCAAUAAAUUCAAGGCCCUUAUCAUUGGUAAUUUCCCACAUAAUCCCUCCAAGAUGUAGGACAGGAUGUAGAUUUUUCUUACUUUAUAGUUAGGAAAAUAGGCCUGAAUAAUUAUGAGGUUUUCCCAGUCACGUGGCUGGUUGAUGACAGUUUGUAGUAGAAGUGAGCUACUUACUGCCAUUCCACUUUCCUCUUGGUUCCAGUAGGCAUCGCAUCUAACUUUUAAUCAAAUAAUAUGCAUGACUGCUUUUUUUCUUAAAAAAAGAAAAAAAUCACAAACAAAAACCUCAGAUGUUUCCUGAGUGAUUUUUAAUGAAGCUAAAAGUGUAUCUAUUUUUUCUUAUUUAUCCUAUAUAAGUAAUCUUCUUCUCUGUUCUUUCCCUUCUUCUAGCUUCUCAACUCUUCUCAUCAUUAAUACUUUCAUUAGAGCUAUAUGGUUUAAAAAGCAUUUUCAUUUCAAUUAUCUUCUUCUUCACACUAGCUCUGUGAGGUAGAUUAUUACUAACAUUCAUACUAUAAAUGAAGAAACUGAGGCUGUGUGAGGCUAAGUAGAUUUAUCAUACCCUAAGUUCAUAUAGUUAGUAAAUGGAGAGACGGAAUCCAGGUCUUCUGACUCCUAGCCCAGCUAUCUUUCCAUUUAGAUCACUGUUGCUUCCUUUCCUCUCAUUUCGUAACUUCCAUCUAGGCUUUUCUUCUCUUGCUUGUCCUGAAAUAUUCAACAUCUUCUCUCACCUGUAACCCCACUCGAAUGUUCCUCUACCACUUUGCUUCUUGGCAGACGCUAGAAAUGUGCUUUAAGAGUCAAUCUCAUUUUGGUUUUCCCUUUCUAGUUGGUUUGCACAUCAUUAUUUCUCCUGAAUUGCAAUUAAAGUCCUUUCCUGGGUGACUUGAUCAUGACUAUACAUCUACCAGAUACUCUGAUCACCAGCCUACUUCAAAUCCUCACCCACUCCGUUUCUCCCCAUACUCCUGCAAAGGACCCAGGCUAAAUGUGCAUUGCUCUGGAAGCUCUAUCUGGCAUGCUGUUCUCAUUAAAGGGCUUAGAAAUGUUCUCAAGGGCUAUUAUCACUUUAGGAAUCCUAUCUGUUGCCUUGGUGCUGGGUAUUUCCCAUGACUGAUCCUCAACAACACAAUUCACUCAAGGCCAAGCUAGGCUGGAUCUGAUUUUCUCCUUCCUACUGCUUAACAGCCACGAACUUGAUUGCUCAACUCAGUUGGCCUCGUAAGCAGCUUGUUCUACUGACCUUUACUAUUAGCUCAUCUUGUUCACAGCCUCAACUCCUGCAUGGAAACGCCUUGACAGUCAGUGCCUGUCCCUACCCCAAUCUUUAUUUUCAGUCUGUUUAAAAGCAUUGUCCUUUAGUUUUUCUAUCCCCAACAUCCGUACACCCAGAAUUCUGAUCCUCUGCUUCUGGUUCCUCCUUACAUGCCAAACUGGAAAUGCUAGAAGGGAAUUUUUCAAAGCAUAAAUAUGCUGGAAAUAUGCAUAGAGCAAUGAAUGGAUGAGACCUCCCCCAAAACUGCUAGAUCAAGAAGGAAAAUACGGCUAUCUCAAUUUGUGAAGCCACCUGACAAAUCAGAGGGAAAAGGCUAUAUAAUUGCAUCUUUGCAGGAAGAAGAAAUAAGAUUUAGAUACAUUUCACAUACUCUACCUUGGUUCCCUUUCCCAAAGUUAACAGAAAUGGAAAAAAAAGAAAAAAGCCCUCCUCUUACCUCCUUUUGUAAAUGAAAAAUCCCUAAUGUAGCGAAUUCAUCUAGUCACUGCAAACAUAUUUAAAUAGUAUUUGGUGUGUGCAUUCAUUCUACAUUUCAGCACCCACUGUGUCAAGCACGUCUAGACCUCAGUGUGCCCCAUGGUCUUAGGUCUGAAAAAUACCUUCAUUCAAGCCUUUCUUAAUCUCUUAAACUCUAGCGUGGUAGAUAACUGAUGUUGAGCAUUUCCCCCUUGAGUUUAUAGUAGGAUCCAAUAGAUAAGCACUUUAGGCACGUCUGAGUUAUAGACCAGACUCAACCCCUAGCACAGGCCAGCUAAGCCUCAAAGCCGGUAAUAUUCUAUUGUUUCUCCCCAAGUCACUAUUUGGCAAGAGCUGUACUACUGGGCAGUGUGUGUGAUGGAGGGGGAGGUGACUAAAGAAUGAGUGCUUGUAGGUUUGUGAAACGCUGUCAAGCACAAUUAGCAACCUCUUAGUCUUGCAAUGGAUGGUUCUCUUUACCACAUUGUCACCUUCAUAUUGCUUGUUUUUUUGAUUUUCCACAGCCAAUAUUUUUCUGAACUCUAGAAAUGUUCCUGACCAUCCAAGCUCUCAACAACUUAAUGACUGUAUGUAGUGUUUUUCAGUAAACUCACUGUUCAUGUCAACAAACUGCCUCUAAACACUGCCUGCUCUGGUUUUACUCUACUACAUACUGUGUGUGUCUGCUAAGGAUACUAUGGCUUCUACCUACCUCUCCAACCUGCAUCAGUUCCUCAACUAACAUCAGUGGACAUAUGCCCAGAGAAUAAAUGAUACAUGUAGUGGUCUAGAAUUAAAUGAGCUAGCCUCUCCUUUCCCCAUUUCUUCCCUACCCAAAUACAAAGGAAUACAAAAGUCACUUGUGUUCUUACCUGCCCAACACCAAGUAAGUUUCCUAGCAGGUGGCAAAGGGCUAACGGCAAGAGGACCCAAUGAAGGAAGGGGCCACACUCCCUUACCAGUUCAGGGAAUAUAGGUGAUUAAAGCAAAGCUGUCUCCCAGUGCCUAUUUCCUGGGAGUGCCAAGGCACCAAAAGGGAAACGUUCAACAAGAAAUUGUCACCAGGAUUCAGUAAACCAUACUCUCCUACAAAAGCAAAAGUAUUGAUUAAUAAUAGUAUGGUACCAGCUACAAUACUAAGAAACACACACACACACACACACACACACACACACACACACACUCACUUUAUUUUACCUCUAAAAAACUGAGACUUGAAGUGAUGGAUGGGGCCCAACAUCACACAGCUGAUAGUGAUGAUGCAGUUUGUACUCAGGUCUGAUUCCAAAACUUCUUACCCAUUCUACUUUAUCAGGCUGCCUCCCUACUCUGGGAAGUAAGCCCUAGAUGUUAGGUAUGCAUGUGUAUG